AACACGGGCCUGGUAAUUUUGUCGUAAAUGAAAAAACGCGGGCCUGGUAAAUUCGUCGUAAAUGGAAAAACGCGGGCCUGGUAAAUUCGUCGUAAAAUUACGUCGCUUUUACGACGAAUCCUAAUCUAUAUAAGGAGACGCCGAGAGCGAGGCUGCCUCGCUCAUUCCUCCCAAAUUCCUUUGCUCUCUCUAAGAUGGCUCCUAGAAGAAAAUCCAGAGCACCUAGUUAUAGAGAUUUGUUUGGCGACGAUGGUUCCGGUACAUCUUCUUCCGGUCCAUCGUCUUCCGGUCCAUCAUCCUCCACCGCAGUUCCAGACUCUCAGCCUUCUCAGAGAGUUGCUUGGAGUCCUCCUCCACCGCAGAUGCCUCCACCGCAAAUGCCUCCACCGCAUAUGCCUCCACCUCCUCCUCCAGCGGCUGCACCUGAGCCUGUCCCAGAAGGUGCAGUUCAUCCGGAUUUGCGUGUGCCUUCAUAUGCCCCAUUCGCGAGAUAUACGGUAGAGGAUUUGCUUGCCCAGCCUGGACGGGAGGGUUUGGAUGUUCUAGACCCCGAUAGACCCCGAGGAACUUAUUGGUUUGGGGCUAACAACCGUGUUGGCCGGAGCGUUUCGAAAACGAUUAAGGGUUACUACGACGGGGCAUAUCCGAACUGGAGCAAGACUCCAAAUCACGUUAAGAUCACUUGGUUUAAAAUGUUUGCGCAAAAGUGGCAUUGGUCUUUGGGAAUCACUGAGAUGGUGAAGGCGGAAUUCGUUGCAAAAGCAAAGAUCCGCCUCUGCAACACAGUCUCCGAUUGGAAGGACAAGUGGGAGCUCGACGGGUAUGAGAGAAAGCCCACUGAGCUCACGAAGGAUGUGUGGGAUGGCCUCAUCGCCUAUUGGAAGCACCCCUCUUCGAUCAAAAAGGCCAAUUCGUGCUCGGCUUCUCGAAAAACGAAGGAUAAAGAUGGUAAUUUGCCCAUGCUUCACAGAACCGGCCAAAAACCACAUGCAGGCAUCCGUCUAGAAGUUUUGGAGAAGACGGGAGUCUUACCAUCUCUGUCUGACCUAUUCAAGAUGACUCACGCCACAUCCGACGGAGUCUUUGUGGAUCCUGCAUCUGAGAAACUCGCUCAAGCAGUGGCUACUCAGAUUGAAGAACGGGAGACGCAACUAACUUAGGAGUCUCCCGAUGGAUUACCCGUCACAUUGUCCACCGAAGAAGCCGACAGAAUCUUCGAAGAGCUGGCUCCUAGAAAGAAGGGACGAAUAGUCGGUAUAGGCUCUGUUAACCAAGUUGCAAGGGCAACUUCGUCAUACACUUCGAGACGGGAUGAAGAGACUUCUCAGAUGAAAGCUCGAAUGGAUAGCCAGCAGGUUCGUUUAGACUCUCUUGAGGAUUUGCUAGACGUGAUGGCCGUGGGAAACCCGGUUAUGCAGAGAAUGUUGAGUCAUAGACGAGCCGCUCUUGGGUUGCCAGUACGAGAUCCCCAAGAGUCCGAUCCAACCCGUCAACAGCCGAGCAACCCCACCGACUACUUCGAUGAUAUGUAGUUUUUUUAAUAUUUCGGUUUGUAUUAUGAAUUUAAAUAUUAUGACUUUUAAAUGCUUUUUUAUAUAUGUUUUUUAUUUUCAUAUUUCGUUUUAAAAUUAAAAUUAUUUAAAAUUCUGAAUUUUAAAUAAAUUCAAAUUUAUAUAUAUAUAUUUGAGGUUAAAAACAAUAUUCAAAAUAUAUUAUAAAACGAAACGUCGAUGUAGGCUCGACGUAAACAUUUACAACUGAUUACCGUCGAAAAUAUUUACGAGUCUUUUACAUCGAAGAUUUUACGUGGUCUUUACAUCGAAAUGUUACGUGGAGUUUACAUCGAAACAUUUACGAGGGUGUUACAACGAAAAUGUUUACGUGUGCUUUACAUCGAAUCCAUUACGUGGAGUUUACCACGAAAUUUUACGUGUCGUUUACGACGAAUCUCUGCCCUGCGCUUUACGAGGAAUAUAUUUUGUCGUAAACUUAACAAGUCAUUUACGACGAAACGUCGGUUACGACGAGCGUUUUACGACGAAACGUGUUUCGAGGUUCAUUCGUCGUAACACCCCGUUUACGACGAAGUUACAACGUAUAUUGCCCUCGUAAAAAAUAUGUUUUCUUGUAGUGGCCUCUCAAAUAAUAUAUAGGGGAUUUCUGGUAGCUAAGUCUUGUGUAUUGAUUAAAAGCAAAACAUACCGACACAAAAAAAUUACUCUUAAUUAUAAGUAGUUUUACUUAAAAGCACAAAUAUUUAUAAAGUUAUUAUUUUAAAAAAUAUAUCAUUUAAUCAAUUAAUUCAACUAAUUUUAAAAAACUGAACAUUAUUUUAUUGGUCACACAAUAUCCAAUAAAUGAAAAAGGUACAUUAAAAUAUGUAAACUAUUUAUUUUGUGAAACAAUUUUUUUUUUGUUAAAACUACCUACAUUUGGAAAGAGAGAGAGUAACAAAGAAUAUUUUUUUCUAAAAACGUUAUCAUUUUCUUCUAAAGGAUUAAAAAAACGUACACAUACAAGUAUGGGAGAGUAAGACACAUACCAUAAAACCAGAUAAAACAUUCUGAAAUAAAGCCAGAAACUUCUCACACAAUAGAGGCAUGAAAAGCCUUUUCUGAAAAGGUACAAUAUUGCAGUAACUCACGGAACCAUUUACAAAAGCUAGGUUAUAGCAUUUCUUAGGAUUUAUUAGAUAUUAUAAAUUUGAGGAUUAUACGAAAAUGAUUUAAGUUUUAACCCAACUAAGUAAAGAAAGAAAGCAAUGUCCAAAGAGUUAGUGGAC